CCUGGAAGCAAAACGGGAUGAAGAAGCAAAUAGGGCAGUGACAAGGCCAGUGACAGGCGCUUUCAGUGUGGGCCACGAUUUUCAUUUGGUCAGUGUGGCAUUUUCAGACCCAAUGAUGAUCGUUGUGAUGACGCUAGUGUCCAGCGGCGAAAGCGUUUGUGGGUAAUGUAGUUAGUAGUGACAGACACGCGGCGCACGGAGGCAAGAUGGCGGGCGUGGAGCUGCUGUCGGAGCAGGGCUACCGCCAGGAUGGACGGCGAGCGGCGGAGCUGCGGAAGGUCCAGGCUCGGAUGGGCGUGUUCGCUCAGGCGGACGGUUCCGCCUAUCUGGAGCAGGGAAACACCAAGGUCCUGGCUGUUGUCUACGGCCCGCACGAAAUGCGCGGCUCUCGCGGCAGGACCCUGCACGACCGGGCCGUCAUCAACUGCCAGUACAGCAUGGCCACCUUCAGCACGUCCGAGAGGAAGCGCCGGCCACACGGCGAUCGCAAGUCCACCGAGAUGAGUCUGCACCUGAAGCAGACGUUUGAGGCGGCCGUGAUGACGCAGCUGUAUCCGCGAUCCCAGAUCGACAUCUACGUCAAGAUCCUUCAGUCUGACGGAGGCAACUACAGCGGCUGCGUCAACGCCGCCACUCUGGCGGUGAUUGACGCCGGCAUACCCAUGAGGGAUUACGUGUGCGCCUGCACCGUGGGCUUCGUGGACGACAGCGCCCUCGCCGAUCUCUCCUACAUAGAGGAAAGCGGCGGCGUGAGCUCUCUGGCUCUGGCGCUGCUGCCCCGCGGUGGACAGAUCGCGCUGGUGCAGAUGGACGCCAGGCUGCAUCAGGACCACCUGGAGGCUCUGAUCGAAGCCGCCAUGACGGCGUGUAAAGGCGUCAGCAAGGUGCUGGAUGAGGUGGUGCGACGCCACCUGCAGGAGGUGUCGGCGCCGGCUGGCGAGUGACUGGCGGCAGCGGACCGCUGUCACGGUGGCAGGUGAAGCGGCGGGUUCAAGGCUGGCUGCGCCAGCAUCUGGCCCACAGGCGCGUGCUGCACCGUCACGAAGGGGCGGCCGCCUGUGUGAACGUUGGCGUGGGACUGGGAAGUCUUGACGGACUUCUCCAGUACAACUUGACCACCCGCUGGAGCGAUGUGAAUAAAUGUCAUAUG